GGCGGGGACCUCAACUUCCUCUUCAGUCUGCUCGGUCCUGCCCCCUCGCUCCGGCCACGGGGCAGCCGCUCCGCAGCAUGAGCAGCCGGGCCGAGACGCUGCGGGCGUUCCUGGGCGCCGAGCCCGGGCCGGGCCGCCUGGGCCAGGAGUUCCAGGACAUCAAGGCCCGAGCCAGCGCCUUCCGGCAGCAACAGGGGUUCUCCGCAGAGGCCGGGGCCAGGAAAGAGAACAUCAAGAAGAAUCGGUACAAAGACAUCCUGCCAUACGAUCAGACCCGGGUCGUUGUGACUCUCUGCACGGACGAAGGGCAGACGGACUAUAUCAAUGCCAGUUUCAUCCAGUGGGCAAAUAACAAGAGAUGCUACAUCGCGACCCAGGGGCCGCUGCCUCACACCGUCCUGGAUUUCUGGCGCAUGAUUUGGGAGUACGGGGUGAAGGUAAUUGCCAUGGCCUGUCGGGAAGUGGAGAUGGGGAAGAAAAAGUGUGAACGCUACUGGCCACUGAAGCAAGAACCGCUACAAAUUGGGCCCUUCUCCAUCGUCCAGAUCAAGGAGCAGGAGCUGAAUCCGGAUGUGACAGUCCGCACGCUGAGCGUCAGCUUCCAGAAGGAGGAGCGGCCCCUCACCCAUUUCCAGUACGUGGCCUGGCCAGACCGCGGGAUCCCGGACAAUUACAGCCAUUUCCUGGAGCUGAUCGAGCACGUGCGAUUGACGCAGGGGGACGACUCGGCCCCCAUCUGCGUGCACUGCAGCGCUGGCUGUGGCCGGACCGGCGUGAUCUGCAUCCUGGAGCACGUGAGACACCUCCUCCUCCAGCAGAGCAUCCCCCCGAAUUUCAGCAUUUUCGACAUCGUCCUAGCGAUGAGAAAGCAGAGACCGUCGGCUGUCCAGACGCUGGAGCAGUACGAGUUUCUGUACCACGCCGUGGCCGAGAUGUUCCGCAACACCCUGGCCACCACCUACGAGAACCUCAAGGAGAACCAGCUGCCCCUGUACGACGACGCUGUGUCCCUGCGUCGCCCCGCGCCCCAUAGCAAACACAGCAGCGUCUUACGGAGCAUCUCGGUGCCGUCCGAGCCCACCCCGGACCUGCCCCCCAAGAUGAGCGACACCUACGCCGUGGUGAACAAGUUCCGGCGGGGGGGCAGGCCGGCGGGGUCCCCCUCUCGGGAGACCAGCCCCGCGUGGUCCCCCAUCGACCCCAGUGGCUUCGGGGGGCUGCAGGCCAGCUACUCCCUGCCUGGGAGCCCCGUGAAACGCCUGCCACCCAGCCCCAGCUGUGAAUACACCCCCAACUCCGCCAGCGCAGGUGACGCCAGCCCCCGGGGCCCCUCUUCGCCCAGCGCCAGGUGCGGGACGACCCUGCUACACAGUCUGAAACCCCCGGUGAGUCCUCCCCCCAGGGCCAGUGACCCCCUGCCUGGCCGGCUGCAGCCAGAGGGGGCGCCACCGUGGGUGGGGCUGGAGGAGGCUGGUGGGGCGAGCAGGGAGGGUUCAGAGUCAGGACGCCAGGGUUCUCUCCCCAGCUCUGGGAGGGGAGUGGGGCCUAGUGGUUGGCGGGAUGGGGGGGUGUCUCAGUCUGUCGUUCAUUUUUCUCCAUCUCAUCCACAGGCUUCUGUGGCAUCUCCCCAGAAGACGGGCCCCAGCUCCCCCCGCCAUGACUCUGACGGCUACGAGGCCGUGGACCCCUCACCUGGAAGUGGCUGCGGCCCCCUCGCCUCCCCAGGCAACGGUCUCGGCUAUAACUUCCGCAUCGGGAAGCCAAAAGGACCCCGCGACCCCCCGGCCGAGUGGACGCGGCUCUAGGGGGGAUGGGGGCACCAGGGCCUGGGCCCCUCCCCCGCAAACUCCAGCUGGACUGGGCUGCAGCCCUGCAUCACCCCACAGCACAGAGCGAGCCCCGCCCCCCAUCAACUGACAACAGGCUGGGAGCCAGGACUCCUGGGUUCUCUUCCAGGUGCAGGGAGCGGGGGGGCUGGGAGCCAGGACUCCUGGGUUCUCUUCCAG